GCAAAUGCUGAACUUGGUGCAGUUUGGUCAGUAGGACAAAGAAUCUGGCAGAGAGACUUUCCAGGAAUCUAUACAACAAUCGGUGCGCAUCAGUGGUCCGAGACUAUUCAACCAAUCAUGGAAGCACUUAGAGAUGCAACAAGGAGACGAGCCUUUGGACUGGUUUCUCAGGCAUAUACCUCAAUAGUUGCAGAUGAUUUUGCAGCCUUUGUUGGGCUUCCUGUGGAAGAAGCUGUGAAAGGUGCAUUAGAACAGGGCUGGCAAGCAGAUUUUUCAACUCGUAUGGUAAUGCCUAAAAAGCCAGGUGUGCUGGAAGCUUCCUUUAACAGAUUUGUUCCUUCAUCAGAACCUGCUCCGGUUCCACCAAUUCCAAAUGAACAGCAGUUGGCCAGAUUGACUGACUAUGUGGCUUUCCUUGAAAAUUGAUUACCCUGCUCCUGUAUCCAGAACAACUUGGGAAUCCUGUGUACUGACAGUUCUAGAAAUCUAAGAUUUAUUUUAUUUUGUAUCUGUUUAAUGUUGCAGCAUCCCCCACUCAAAUGUGGAAAUAUAUGGUGUAUGUAAUCCCAAUUCGUGUUUUGCCAAAGCCAAGCUAGCAAUUGAAACAACCCUUUAACUCCUGUAAUAUUUAUUCAGUAAGUACACAGCAUUUUGACACAGUUUUUUCUUGACUCAUAGCAGAGAGAGGCAGAACUUUUUUUUCAGGUAUAUUGGAAAUGGAAAAGAAAAAAAAUGAGUAAUGAGGCAGGUUAA